CAAUGAGGUCCAUCUGUGGAGCAGUGCCCGUUCAGUCAGCAGCUCAGCCGGAGCGCCUCUUCUCUCAGCAGAUCUAAGGAGUAAGGGACAAGCUCAUUAUGAAGAGUGAUCUGGUUUUCUUUGUCUCCGUAAUUAGCCUUGCAUUCCUGUCUCUGCCAAGAUCUGGAUAUGCUCAGCAUAUUGCAGAGGAAUCCUGCUCUGUUCAGAUUCUGGUUCCAGGACUCAAAGGUAUUCCUUGUGAAUGUGGCCAGCUGCGAACAGCCAUUGGUAAAAUGGAUAACCAAGUCACCCUGUUGACCACAGAGCUGAAGUUCAUUAAAAAAGCUGUCGCUGGUGUGCGCGAGACAGAUAAUAAGACCUACCUGCUGGUGAAGGAGCAGAAGCGGUACGUGGACGCCCAACUCUACUGCCAAGGAAGAGGAGGGACACUGAGCAUGCCCAAGGACGAAGCCACCAACAACCUCAUUGCUUCUUACAUCAACCAAGCUGGCCUCAGCCGCGUUUUCAUCGGCAUUAAUGACCUUGAGAAAGAAGGCAGCUUCCUCUACUCCGACCGAUCCCCCAUGCAGACCUUCAACAAGUGGAGCAGCGGCGAACCUAAUAAUGCUUACGAUGAGGAGGACUGUGUAGAAAUGAUCACCUCUGGGGGCUGGAAUGAUGUGGCAUGUCACAUUACAAUGAAUUUUGUAUGCGAAUUUGACAAAGAAAAUGUUUAAUAAAGUUUCCCCCCUGCCAGGCUCUCUAUAUGCAUUUCUUUGAGGGAGGGUGAAUAAUUUGGGCAGUCCAACCAUUGUAACCAGUACUCCAAUUUCUGGAUCGAUUUUAUAUGGAAGUCGGUUCCUUGUUUAUGAGAUCCUUUCUAUCAGUGUGUGAAACUAUCCCAAGAUAGUUUUAUCCCCAUCCAUCUUUUAUUCACAUUUUUUUUCAAGGAAUCCCUCCAUCGACAUACAUAAUUAAAAAAAGUUUUGUUAAAAUUUCUCUUCCUUUUGUGCAGGCCUUGAGUAUGGACCUUUCGCUCUAUAGGUAUAGUGAGGUACAGGUAAGAGACAGGAAUGUAGGAAAUAAACCUUAUUUAUUCGAUAUGGCUAUUUAUAGUUACCCAUUAUGGAGAAGGAAGGUAUUAUUUCUCAUGUGUACUUCACUCUUAUUUGGCAUUAGGAUUUGUUUUUGUUAUUAAUAAAACCAUUUAUGGUGUUUGGAAAACUAGGAAAACUCAUUUUUUCAAGAUGACUUAGAAGUAACUCCUCUUUUGUCAUUUUACCUGCAGAAAACAUGAAUCCAAAGUGAUUUUGCCUCAAAAAAAUUAUAUUUGUGUGUUUGUGUAUCAGUAUAUACACAUGCAAGGGAAUCACAUUGUUUAGCUGUCCACGCAACAGGUAAAAGUGUGAAAUAUACAAGGCUGAAGGUAUGUGGCUGACUGGGUAGGUUCAUUCCUGUGCAAUAUACAAAGUGUAAUAAAACUAUUUUACAAUAGCAAAGCUACUCAGAAAUCCAUUAAUUUUUGAAAUGAAGAUUUUUAUCAUUUUCAAUAGGAGUUUGCCAAAGUGCUUCCCAGCUGAUUACCGCUGUGGAGAAUAGACUGUGAUCUGGAUAGAAAUUGGCACACAGGAACAUAAAAAAACUCUUAAAUGCAGCAUUGAGAAUUUAUUGAACAACGGUAGUAAAAUGUAAAUAUCAGGAAAAGCAAUAAAAGAUGUUAGUUUGCAAACUAACCCUAACCCUAAUUGCUCCCAGUGUGAUGGGAUAUAAGAUGUUUAGAAAUAUAUAUUAGAAUUGUACAGCUGUAAAUAUAAUCUAGGUAUUUCUAGGUAUUUCAAAUAUCAAUUCCCCUUAGAUGGAAAGAGCAGUGAUGACACAAUUUGCAUUCCUGAAAUAAAUAUGGCCCAUAUUCAGGCAAUGCUUAGCUGUUUGAAAUCACUCAGCUUAAACUUAGUUCUGGUCCAGAAUUUUGAGAUAAAUAAAAGAUAUACAAUUCAUUUAGGAUAUUUAAAUAAUAUGUCUAUGAUUUCCUUUUUUACACAAAAAACUUACUAUUUAAACAAGAAGUCAUGUUGAUGUGGUUUCAUAAAUGUAUCUUCUGGAGACUAGUAAUUUCUGAAAUUUAGCACACUAGUUCUUCAUAUUCUCUAGUAUGUUUAAUAUUUAACAUUUAAAAUAUUUGCAGCUGUAGAUUUCCUGGGCUGAAUUGAUUUAAGUGAACAGUCCAAGUAUCAUUUAAUAAUUUACAAGUUGACAGUAGGAAAUUAAAAGAAACAAGAUUAUAGAAAGAAUAAACUAUUUUCUUGAUUUAGGGUAGCUGGCAUGCUUAUAUCUAUAUAUGGUUGGGUUUAAAGAAAUGAAUUUAAGCAGAUCUCUGAUAUCCAUGUGGUUUUAUGAUGACGAGAUUAGACCUGCGAAGUGUAAUGAGCAGCAGAUGGCAGCAAGAAUUUAAUGUUUUUAAAAAUCUAUAGGUUAUUAUAUAGUACAAUAGUUGUAAUUUUUGUAUCCAAGGUCUGAUAAUAUAAAAAUUUUAAAUGGUUUGCUUUUAUUCUUGCCACUGUAGGCAAGGAGAAGCUGAGUAUCACCCAUCCUGGUAUUAAACAACAAAAAUCUGAAUGAAUUUAUCUAAUGUUAACCAUUACUCCAUCUGAGACUAAGAUUAGUUACAACUGUAAAUUAACUCUUGUGAAGUUCAGUAUCUGUAAUUAGGAUGACUGAAUUCUUAAUCCCAUGACAGAAGCACAUUCAACUGAAUGUAAUGUGCUUCUACCUGGGUUACAAUUGAGGAGGUGCACGUAAAAUGACUGAAAUUAAAAUUAAAUUUAGCCUGUUCUUAUUUCAUCAGCACAAAUAAAUCCAUACGAAGCCUGAGACAAAAAUCCCAGCUGUAAGAAAUGGAUAUUAAUGUAAUUGGCUUCCCAAGGUUGCUAGUGUUGGAAGUAAACUGGGA